CAAACUGGAGAGAGAGGGAGAGAGAAUGGCGUCCUCCGACGGGGAGUUCGUCUGGCUUCCUUCGAUGAAGGUAUGGGCGUUCUCGCCGUCGGCCGCAGCCGCGGCCUCCGCCCCGUCCUCGUCCCACAACCCCAAGGUGUCGCCCGUCAGAGGAGAACUGGUCGAUCCUCCGAUUGAGCGGCUGGAGGAAGCAAUCCGAGAAAAAUCUUGCCCCAUCUGCCUCGGCCGCGUCGAGGAGCGGAGAGCAGCCGUUGUCCGCGGAUGUCUCCACGCUUUCUGCGUCGGAUGCAUCCGCAGAUGGAGCGAGUUCCGCCGGAGCUGUCCGCUCUGUAAUCGGGAGUUCGAUCGGUGGUUUCGGGACAUCAAGGUAUCGGAGCAUGUAUUCGAGGAAGAGAAACUCCCGGCUCUCCCGGAGAAGAAAGAUAAAGCCGUGGUUAGGGGCGAAAGAAGCGAAAUCGCGUCGCGAAGGCUGUUAAAUGAAGCUAGACACCGUAUUCGUAGUGUUAAUCAGCGUUCCAGACCUUUGCCGUGGCGCAGAUCUUUUGAGAGAUCUCGAAACACAGUGUUAUCAGAGAGGCAGAGGCUUGAAGAAGCACAACUAGUUAGGGAAAGAGCUCUUCGUUGGCGUUCUAGCAUCUAUAAGCAGGGACUAAAGUCCAUUCCCACUCACGUCCACUCAAAACAUUCUCCUGAGCUGGGUACAUCACUAAAUGCUGUAAGAGUGAAGCGGAAUCUCGAAUCUUGGAUAGCAAGGGAAUUGAAGGCUAUUCUUGGAGAUUCAGAUCCAUCAGUUUUAGUUCAUUUUGUCACUUCAUUGUGGUUGUCAGCCUGCCAAGGACACAACACCUCCCUGCGGGGUCAUGUCGAAGGCAUUUGUAUUGACAAAUUGAGACCAUUCUUGCAUGAACAGGCAGAUUUGUUCUGGCAUGAGCUAAGGUGCUUUGCGGAGAGUCCACUUGCGAUGGCAGCAUAUGAUUCAGUAGUUGAGUACAGACGAUCAUAAACAGCUCACUCAUUGAUUUGAUACCCUGGACUCCGAUUGUGUAAAGCUACAGGAUUUUGAGUUUAAUUGCUGGAUCUGGAAUUCUGAUGCUUGAAAAAGUUGAAAAUCUAGUGGAUACCUUCACCCCGGAUGCCAUCUGAAUCCAAGGCUGAUUUGCCUCCAUGGAUGCAAUCAUGUAGACGGAACCAGAAAGAUAAGAAAACACAGAAACUAGAAGAGAUACCAUACCCGGUCUCUCUCAUGCAAGAAAUUGAAUUUUAGUUAUGUAUGCUAGUUCUUAUACACGAGAGGUCUUAGAAAGCUAGUUCAUAUUGGUGCUCGGGGAGUAUGUUCGCUGGACUUCAAAAUUCUUUCAAUUGGGCAUGGCGGGGACAACAACCAAGCCGUUUUACUCCGCUUGUGUGACCAUGUUUCUGUUGACUCAAGUGGAUUUUCUUAACAAAAGGAGGCAGGGAUAAGGAGGAUUCUCAAGGGGCUUGGCGCAACGGAUGGGGUGAAGGCUGAUAAGUGGCCAAUCUUCAGGGCAUUAACUUUUUGUGCUGCAAAAGGGAGAUUAAUGACGUGCAAGUUGAAGCAUAACGGAUGCGGCACCCCAAGGUCUUGUAUCAUAAGGGGGUGAGGGGUUGAGUGGAGGCUUUGGCUUUCACCUGGUGGGGUCUCCUCUUUCUCCCCCAGUUAUAUUUUUGGACCCUCCAGUAAGAAUGCUUUUAAUAGUUAUAUUUUUCUUUUAAACUCUGGUAGUAGUGUGUCUUGUAAUUGUGCUGUGGUGGGACUCAAAGCUUAAGCUUGAAAUAUAAUGGUAAAAUUCAGUAUUUUUGUUA